UCAUCAUCAGAGGAGUCUGGGGCAGCUCCACCAGUAGCUCCAGAGGUUCCAGUACCUGAGCCUCCAGCUCCACAGCCAGGGGCUGAGGAUCGGGCUAUGAGAGAUGCGGUCCAGUUGUUGACCAGACUGGUAGCAGGGCAGGUUCAUAGGCACGGACUUGGGGAUGGUCGUGCAGACAGACGUGACAGUUCGAGAGCUCGUGAGUUCCUGACCUGUAAUCCUCCAGAGUUCUUCGGGACAAAGCCCGAGGAGGAUCCUGAGGAGUUUAUCAGGAAGAUGCGGCGCACGUUACAUUUGAUUAAGGCAUCUGCGACAGAGUCAGUCGAGUUGGCUUCGUACCGGUUGUAUGAUGUAGCAGCAAAUUGGUACGAGUCUUGGGAGUUAGCCAGAGGCGUUGGUGCUCCCCCAGCAGUCUGGGAUGAGUUUUCUGAGGCUUUUCUUAGCCAUUUUCUGCCUCCGGAGUUACGGCGGGCCAGGGCUGACAGAUUCUUAUUGCUGAGACAGAGGGGCUGCAGUGUUCGAGAGUACAGUAUGGAGUUCGACUCAUUGGCCCGAUAUGCACCUGCUGUGGUAGCUACUAUGGCUGACAGGAUGCACAGGUAUAUUAUGGGGCUGGACCGUUAUUUUGUCGACAGUUGCUUGGUAUUGGCCGCUCAGCCCGAUAUGGAUAUUGCCCGGAUUCAGGCGCACGCUCAGGGCAUGGAGGACCGGCACAGGGGCCAUCAGCCCGAUAGGAGUCAGGAUCGGAGACAGCCCAAGAGGGCCAGAUCAUCUGGGUAUUUUGAGGAAUUUCGGAGUGGGCAGCCUCAGCAGCAGCAGCAGUCUAGCAGGCAUUCUUCCCAGCCGGCACAGAGCACACCUCCGCAGUUCUCAGGCAGGAGAUUUGAUAGCCCAGGGUAUUUAGGAGCAGGCCAGAGCUCCGGGGUUUCAGGUUCGCGGGUAGACAGGAGUUCCGGUCAGACGAGGCCACCCAGGCCUCAGUGUUCUUAUUGUGGGAGAUACCACCCUGGAGAGUGCUACCGUGCUACAGGUGCUUGUUAUUCUUGUGGCCGUCAGGGCCAUACUGUGAGAGAGUGUCCGUAUAAGGGUAAUUUGGGAGGUGCAGCGCAGCCUACCGGAUCAGUCGCUGGGUCAUCGUCUCCUUCGAUAGCCAUGCGCCCUGCGGGGCAGGGUACGUCGACAUCAGCAGGCCGCGGCAGAGGUAGUGGCGGGGCUCCCAGUUCAAGCGGUCCUUCGAACCGCAUCUAUGCCUUGACUAGUCGACAGGACCCGGAGGCGCUACCAAACGCGGAUACAGAUUUUGGGCGAAACGGGAAUUGAAUUUGGAAAGGCAUAAAGAGCAUAUAAGGUAUGUAAAGCUAUCCCGAUUCUUCUCUUGGCAUGUCCUAGAUGUACUAGGCUUGGAUUUACGCCUCGGGGAAUAUUCUGUCCAUCGGAAUCCGCGUUUGAAAUCGUCGCUUUUUCAUUCAAUAGAAUUGAAUUCCUUAAGUAUGCUUUGAUGAAAAAUUAUGAAAAUUUUUCCCAAAUUGCUUACGAAGUUAUGGAAUGUCCUAGAACCUUUGUAGGUGACCCCAUAAGCUUAAAAAUACGUAAUUUGAGCCCACCGCUUCAUUGGUCCCGAGGUGGGCCCACUAUUUCCAAUUUUACCCUUUAUGUGUCUAUGACUUGUCUUCGAGCGUUUUCGUUAGAGAUACUCUAACUACUCCUUUAUCUACUAAAUAAAAACUAUUUUAAAUAUUUCAUUAAGUCUUAUAAAUUGUUUUGAAUCUUGAAAACGAUCUCGGAUAGAUUAUGCCUCCGUAACCCGUUAUGACAUCUAAAUUUACUUACUAUGUUUCCGUCCGAUUUCAUUGAUUUGACUUGACAUUCGAUAUGCCUCAUUGAGUCUCUGGAAAUAUAUAUAUGGUAUUUUUAGUGCAUUUAGUUUCUCACUACUCCGUUCGUGGAUGCCUCAAUGUUUCCCCCACUGAGCCCGGGCCAGGAUAUGUUGUCAAGCGUGAUCCUUUGCAUUGUUCGCCGUGCCUCGAUGUGAGGGGGCAGGUAUACGCGUACAUGGGUUUGUGGAGUAUGCUGUGCCAUGUACGCUUGUUCUGAUAUGAUUUGCUAUGGCCAUCUGAUAUGACAUAUUAUGUUACAGGGUUAUGCCCCUGUUCUGAUUCUUCUGUGUUGUGGCACCAGCGUCGGGAGGGUGGCCACGUUCUGUCUGCCGAGUCCCUUGGCAGGGGCCGGAUUUGAUGUGACAUAUGUUUCUGUACACACUCUGCAUGUUUUGAAAAUAUGUAUCUGAUACUUUGGGUUUUCUAUUUACUUUCUGUACGUUCUGUACCAGUUAUGAUUUUGUUUCUGUAAUUCAGGCUUUGCAUAUUCAGUACAUAUUUCGUACUGACCCCCUUUCUUCGGGGGCUGCGUUUUCAUGCCGCGCAGGUACCGACGACAGGUUUGCUGAUCCGUCCGCUUAGGAUCUUAUUCUGCUAUUUUGGAGCGCUCCUUUAUCCGGAGCCUAUAUUUUGGUACAAUCUUCUGCUAUUGUAUAUAUGUACGCUAUUCAGGGGUACGACGGGGCCCUGUCCCAUCUUAUGAUUCUGUUAUGUUCUGUAGAGGUCUGUAGACAUACUUGUGUGGGUUCUGUAUAUGUUUUGGGUUGUUAUGAUCGGUGAUGGCCUUAUCGGCCUCUACGUGCAAAAUCUGUUCAUCUGUGAUAUUUAGUAGCGCCAACUAACCUUUAUAUUAAUAUAUUUUGAUAA